GGCUGGUGAGAGUGCGGGGAGCGGUGGUGCUGAGGCACCUGGGGCUGCUCGCCAUGGCUGGCGUGGACCUGUUCUCGCAUCCCGCGCUGUACACGCGCUACCGGGCUGGGCUCUGCUCCGCCGCUGCACUGGCGCUGUUGCUCAUCACGGCGCUCACCUAUGUGCCGCCGCUGCUGGUGGCCUACCGCAGCCACGGUUUCUGGCUGAAGCAGAGCGCGUACCUGGAGCAGCCCACUGUUCGUUUCCGGUACGAGGUUCUCUUCGUCGCCACCAUGGGGUCCGGCCCGGGCAGCUUCUUGGCGUGGAGCACAUUCCCAGCGUUCAACAGGCUCCAGGAGGACCGGCUUCGAGUCCCGCUCCUGUCGACUAGAGAAGAAGACAAAAAUCAAGAUGGCAAAAUGGAUCAGUUGCAUUUUAAAUUGGAACUUCCACUACGACCAACAGAGCACGUAGUUGGCAUUCAGCUGAUUCUACUCUUCUCCUACCAACUUUAUAGAAUGUCAACAUUUGUGAUGCAGAGCAUGGCUUUUCUUCAGUUUUUUUCUCCUGUGCCAGGGUCUCAACUCUAUGUGAAUGGAGACUUGAAAUUAAACCAGAGGCAAUUACUUAACCACUGUGGAUUGGACACCAGAUACAAUGUGUCUGUGGUCAAUGGCACAAGUCCUUUUGCAAGUGACUAUGACCUAGCAAAUAUCAUUGCAGCAUAUUGGGAUAGAAAUGUGACAACAGUCUUUUCAGAUUCCAGCCCUGUUUGGAUGACUGGAAGAGCAAGAGAUACACCAUUUAUCAUUAAUGCCACCAUUCAUUACCCAGUGGAAGUUAUCUUAUAUCAGCCAGGAUUUUGGGAAAUUAUUAAAUUUGCCUGGAUCCAGUAUGUCAGCAUCCUCCUUAUCUUUCUUUGGGUGUUCGGUAGGAUUAAGACGUUUUUGUUUCAGAAUCAGGUGUUGACUACAAUUCCAGUAUCACCAGUUCUGCCUGUAUCUCCAGUACUGUCCUACAAACAGCACCAGUCCUGAAGAGAUACCUGAGAACACUUUAUAGAAAUGCCAUUCAAAAAUAGUUACCUGAUUUUAUUCUCUCUACACUUCUUACUUUAGAAGAUCAGAAUUUUUUAAGUAUGUUCCAAGUAUGCUCUGUUUGUGCUUCCUUUUUAAAACACAGGUUCAUUCAUCUUAUUUCUUUAGGAACACUGCUUUGGAGCUGGAAAUUUUAUAUUUUUGACAGUUAAAGAAGAGCCUAGGGUUUUUUUUUGCAACUGGAACAUGCCUCAAAAAACAUCUUGAAAACUGAAAAUAAUAUGCUAAAAGUAACAACAUUAACUGUUUUUACUUAUUGUAAAUCAACUGCAGUCUUAGAGUUGUCAAGAGUUAUUUGUACAUGCAUUUAUGUGCACUGUGAGGUGAAAAAAAAUGCAUGGAUGAGUUAAGGUCAGAGAUGUGCUUCUGUAACGGUGGCUAUACAUACUCACCAAUUUAAUUAUUAAAUUGGAUUAUUAAUAAAUUCAAGGUUGAUAUGAGAAACCAA